GCUCGGGCCGGCCGCAGGUAGUGUCAGGCCGCAUGAGCGCGCCGGCGUGCUAGCGCAGCGGGCGCGGGUGUGGUAUGCCCGCGCGUCGCCGCCAUGGCCCCGAUGCUGGUGGCCUUGGCGCUGCUCGCCCUGAUUCCCGUAUCGGAACAAGGACCCCACGAAAAGCGUCUAUUGAACGCCCUGCUCAAUUCCUACAACACUCUGGAGCGACCAGUCGCCAACGAGAGUGAACCGCUAGAGGUCAAAUUUGGGCUCACACUCCAACAGAUCAUUGACGUGGACGAGAAAAAUCAAAUCCUGACCACAAACGUCUGGCUUAACUUGGAAUGGAAUGACUACAACCUGAGGUGGAACGACAGUGACUACGGUGGAGUUAAGGAUCUACGCAUCACACCCAACAAACUAUGGAAACCAGACGUUCUCAUGUACAACAGUGCUGACGAGGGUUUUGAUGGGACGUACCAGACGAACGUGGUGGUCAGAAACAACGGCAGUUGUCUGUACGUACCACCCGGCAUUUUCAAGAGCACAUGCAAGAUAGACAUCACCUGGUUUCCCUUCGAUGACCAACAUUGCGACAUGAAGUUCGGUAGCUGGACUUACGACGGCAACCAGUUGGAUUUGGUUUUAAAGGAUGAGGCUGGUGGUGACCUGUCCGAUUUUAUCACAAACGGCGAGUGGUAUUUAAUAGGUAUGCCGGGAAAGAAAAACACCAUAACAUACGCGUGUUGUCCAGAACCAUAUGUAGACGUGACAUUUACAAUCAUGAUAAGAAGACGGACACUCUACUAUUUCUUCAACCUGAUAGUUCCUUGUGUACUUAUAUCAUCAAUGGCACUUCUCGGUUUCACACUGCCACCAGAUUCCGGAGAAAAAUUAACACUCGGAGUCACUAUACUUCUAUCGCUGACGGUGUUUCUGAACCUGGUUGCCGAGACCCUGCCGCAGGUCUCCGACGCUAUCCCCCUGUUAGGUGUUACAAUUCUCCUGUCGCAAACUGUUUUCUCCCUAUUGGUGGGGCACGUUAUCACUAAAACCUCUGAGGCGAUCCCCCUAAUAGGGACUUACUUCAAUUGCAUCAUGUUUAUGGUGGCCUCGUCUGUGGUCUUGACUGUUGUCGUGUUAAACUACCAUCACAGAACAGCAGAUAUACACGAAAUGCCGCAAUGGAUAAAAACAGUGUUCCUACAAUGGCUGCCGUGGAUUUUACGUAUGUCAAGGCCGGGGAAGAAAAUAACGAGGAAAACAAUAAUGAUGUCGAACAGAAUGAGAGAAUUGGAGUUGAAAGAGCGCUCGUCUAAAUCAUUGCUGGCGAACGUUUUGGAUAUAGACGACGACUUCCGACACGUCCCGCCUCCACCCAAUAGUACUGCGUCUACCGGGAAUCUCGGACCAGGAUGUUCAAUAUUCAGAACGGACUUUCGGCGUUCGUUCGUGAGGCCGUCUACGAUGGAAGACGUCGGCGGAGGUCUCGGAAGCCACCAUCGGGAGCUCCACUUAAUAUUAAGAGAAUUGCAGUUCAUCACGGCGAGGAUGAAGAAGGCCGAUGAUGAAGCUGAACUCAUCAGCGAUUGGAAAUUUGCAGCGAUGGUUGUAGACAGGUUCUGUCUGUUCGUGUUCACAUUAUUCACUAUCAUCGCGACAGUGGCCGUACUCCUGUCCGCUCCCCAUAUCAUCGUUCAGUGAACUUACGACAUUAUUGCAACUAUGAGAGAACUAAUAUUAGCUAUAUAAAUAAUUAUAAAUAAUAUUAUUAUACUAAUUACUUCGUAACGUGGUUCAAACGCACACGUCUAUUAACUAAGUCGGACGACGGUAAACGUAAAACUUUAAAACGUUACUUAUAGCUUAGUUAAGUCCAGCGUUAUUAUAAUGUAAAAAGAUUGUGAUGUUGAAUAGGAAGUAAAUACAUAUAAAUGUUGAAUUAUAAUUUGUUAAAUAUAUAAUUAUAUUUCUAAUAAAUACGACUAAAUGUACCAUUAAAAUAUUUAGUUAAUAUAUCUAAAUGGCAUGCGUGAAACAACCUACUUUGGUUCAAUGUAUACAGAAUCCGCAUAUUGUUUAAAGUAAUAUCUUUUGAUAAUAUAUUAAAUAUUUUUACUAUAUUUAGGUCGUUUUGAUACAUAUAAUGAUUUUAUUAUAUUCUCGAUCUUAAUUAUCAUUACUUCUAUGAUAAACGUAAUAGGGAUUGACUACAGUUUUUCAAUAGAAUUUCGUAUGACCGUGUGACGUCAUUUAUAGGCAAAGGAGGGAAUAUUCAAUGACAUUACUAUAGGGAGUUAAGUAAUGUACAUAACGACAGUUUUAAUGAUACAAAGCAUAUAACACUACAUUUCUUAAAAACUUAUAUAAUUCGGUUGAUUUUGUUAGAUUUUCUUAAAUUUCUAUUGUUUACGAUUUAAGAACAAAUCUUCAGAAUGACAACUGUUACUUCUUGGAAUUGAUACUUGAUACAGUUAAAUUAAGUAAAGGGAACCAAAGUUAAGGUAGGAUAGAAAGUAGAUACGAGAAUAAAUUAAAAUUAAUAAUAUAUGUAAUAACAUUGGAAUUAAAAAAAUAUAUGUUUCGCUGAUCAUGCUGAAUGCUGAAUACAAGUUGGAAGUUGCAAUUUUCUACGUUUAAAAUGAAUGAAUGGUUAAAACUCUUACGCGUAUCGAGAUCAUUAUUGGACUGUAUGUAAUGUUCGGUAGGAGUAGUCAAUCAUAAUUUUAAAAACGCGCGAAAUAUAACGCUGCCGUUAUUGAAGUAUUUAUUGAUUUUGUACGAAAAUAUCUAUCUGUAUAUAAUUAUCUAGGGCGGAUCGACGCCGUUAGUAUUUUAAUGAAAAAUGAAUGAAAUCGAAAUAAGAAGCAACGUUCUAAAUAUGUAGGUGAAAUUAUUGGAGUGAUAACUCUCGAGUCGCUCAAAGGGAACAUCCAUGACUUUAAUAGUAUAACGGUCGUAGCGUGCGAGUGACUCGAUCGAAUUUGAGUAUCCUCUAGCACUUAUCGUAGGGUUUAUAACUUAGGUGAAUGUAAUUUAAUAACAUUUAUUCUCAUCUUUAUCUACGUCCGUUCCUCAAUUUCACUCUUAUAGGUGUCGUGAUAGUCUAGUAAGUGUCGUGUGACUUUUAAGCCUACCCUGUUAUAAUAAGAAAGCUCACUAAUGUUAGUCAUUUUAAUACUAUCGGAUAAAACGUUUGAUUAUGCGUGUUUUAUUAAUAAUUUGUUUAAGAUUUUCUACUUCUUGGUGUGUUAGUUACGUUGUUUUGUGGCUUCUUUGAUGUUUUUAGAUUUUUGAUUAUUUCGAUGUGGAACUAAAAUGUUUGGCAUUAUCUAUGAUUAAUUUUUGUUUUACGUGACAUUUCAUUUAUCAUAUACUGUAUGGUGCUCAAAUUUUAUCAACAUUGUCGUUUACUUUGUGCGGAAAGCGUGUAUAAUUUAGUUAUUAGUUGAUAAUGUGAAUUUUACUAUUAAAAUCAACUCAGAAAUUUCGUUAUUAAUUGUUAUUAUUGAUUUAUGUUUUCUGUUAAAAUGGUUGAGAAUUAUCGGUAAAUAGAUUUGUUAGUGCCAAAUUAUAGGAUUUAUAAAAAUUGUAUUAAGUUGGUUUAUAGUAUUAUAAAAAGUUGAAAAGUUUACUAUAAAAAUGUAAAAGUGAACGAAAUAGUGUUUGUUAAUUCUAAUUUAACGUUUUCAACAUUGAGCCGCAAUUACGGGUUCGGUCAGCCAAUUUAAAAUAUCUUAGUUACUUAAAAGUAAAUAACACGACGGUUGUGAAAAAAAUGUUUUAAAAACCCGUAGUAUGCGAUUCGGUGUAUAAUAAAAUACAUGAAUAAAAACGUGGGGGAGUACCUACUAAUAAAAUAGAUGUAAAAUGAAGUAAAACGCCUGCAUGCGACCGGGCUGGGAUAAAUGUACAAAUGAGCUGGUCCAUUUCAACGCUUUCAUCCACAUGGCUUACCUUAUAAAAAGCUUUCGCUUUAGUGUUCAUGAAAAAACUAAUUUCUUUGUGCUUACGUUAUCAGAAUACCUAGGUUUUAAAUCUGUUGGAGUUAGUCUAGUGUGUAUCCGAGGGUGAUUUAGGUAAUAUAAGAAACUAAAGCUGCCAUAAUGGUUUAUAUUUAAAUAUGUAAUUACAGACCGUCGUUAAGAAAAUAUGUAAAGUUGAUAUGGAAUAGUUGUUUUUGAAUCUACAAUAUCUGUUAAGCUCAGAAAAUGUGUGAAAUUCUAUGUCAUGAAUUCUUCUCUUAAACCUUCGUGCACCCAAAAACGAUAUUUCUAAAACACUCGGUACACAUUGUCUUCUAUGACCAUAUUAAUGUGUGUGUUCCAAAUUCGUUUGUGUGGUAUUACCUCAGAUACCACGGAAGUAUAAAGAGCAUUUCAGAUAACCCAUCUAUCAAUAAUUGAAUAAAACUAAAUCAUUAAAAAAGGUACAACAACACAAACAAGUAAGGAAACUUUUAACACAAUAGAAACUAAAUGCUUUAAUUGUAAAACAGGUAUUUUUGACUUUCAUAUUUAACACUAACUAUUCUGACGCCUGUAGUCUAAGAAAACGCUACUAGUAUGUACUGUCCCUAGCUUAUUUUGAUUCACUUAUAUUUAUCUUGUCCAUUUUAUUAUUGAACGCUAUUUUAAUUGUAUUAGACGUGUAACUUUGGCAUCAAAGAACUUCCUUUGAACGGGACUGUAAGGUUGAAAUGAAGAGCUUAAUUGUAUUAGCAAAGAAAGAAAAUGAUAAAAAGGCAAUUGCUGUUGGCAAUCGGAUACGAUAUGGGUUACAGCGUGUAUUGGCGAGUAAUUUCUCGACUCGGCCAAGUAUUAGUUAUCAGCAUGUGUAAAAUUUUUUGUUACUUCCAAGAACAUUUUUGAAUUCCGAAUAUGGGCUCCGGAAUUCAAAAUACACAAGAAUUUAUUAAAAACGAAAUAUUAUUAUUUUAUCCCCAAUGCUUUGGUUUCAAAGUUACAUGUCUUUAUUCAAAACAGCUGCUACUUAGCUUAUUGUUAAGAUUCUUAUGUCAUUUAUUAAAAAUAACUCUACCUUCUAUACACAUUGCUAUACUGUAUGCUGCUAAAAUAAACCCAAACUUGUGGCCAUUCAUCGUGUGUAUACAAAAUGUUUAUCGAUCUAUCAAUAAAAUUUAUCCUAAAAUUCUAAAACUGUUAAAUUUUGAUUACAAUAGUUAUAACGGAUACUCGCAAUAAUAUAGAAUGGUUGGAUGGCCGCAGUUAUUUUAUAAUUUAUUCGCUAUCACAUAAAGUUUAUUUUUGUAUGCCUUCACAUAAUCUCCACAUUGUGUUCCUGUGGCUUAUCCAUAGUCAAAACAAAUAAUUAAAAUUAAUUAAUAUGACUGCAGGUAAUAAACUACCGAGAGUAAUGUAAGUGUAAGGCCCCUAUGGAGGUUUUUUAUAAUAGUGGUCAUUUAAAUACAAGAAAUUAAAUUUGUAAAGAAUAUUAAACACAACGGGUAAUACGGUUAUUCGUUAAAUUUACUUAGUAGUACUCGAUUUGUAUAAAACUAAAAUUAAAGCAAUCUGAUUUAUACUAA